GUCAAUUACAAGUCAAAGAAGAUUACUUCAUUCUCUCUUCAACUGCCUACCUGAUCCCUCACGCUAACUUUUCUAUAUAAAGACCUCAACAUCCCUAGGGAAAAUAAAAGCUUACAAUACUGGGAAAAAAAGAAGAAGAAGAAAUUGGAAGCCAUGGCAGAUGAAUUCCAUGCAGGCAGCACUCUGAGCUGCUGGAGCACGAUAAGAAACUCAUCUCCUUUCGAGUUUUCACCAUCCAUUUCAUCAUGCUCAUCAUCAAUCCUACCUGUUGAGCUCAAUCAAACCCCAACAGGUUUUGGGUUUUCACCGAUGAACAAUGAGGUCUUGUUACCGGGUCUGUUUGAACCCGCAGACCCGUUAAGGGACAUGAAUGGUUCAGUGCAACCAGCUUCAUGGGCUAGUAAUUUUUCUAGCCCUCAGUUUAAUUCUAGAGUUUCUUCUGCUUCAAACCAGCAAAUGAACUUCUCAAAUAAUGCUGCCUUUUGGAAUCCUUCGGCAAAUUUAGCUCCUACCAAAUUUUCUGAGAAGAGAUUUGAGGAUGAAUCCUGUUGUAGCAAUCAGACAACCAUGAAGCCCUCUGAAACAAAGAAGCAAGGAAAUGAUCAGCCUGCAUCAAAGAAGCAAAGGCUUGCAACGCCAUCACCUUUGCCAACCUUUAAGGUGAGGAAAGAAAAGUUAGGGGACAGAAUCACUGCACUUCAGCAACUAGUUUCACCUUUUGGAAAGACUGAUACUGCUUCAGUUCUUCAUGAGGCCAUUGAGUACAUCAAGUUUCUCCAUGGCCAAGUUAGUGCUUUAAGUACUCCCUACUUGAAGAAUGGCCAUCAAAUGCAACACCAAAAGAAUUUGGAGAAUGCAAACGUCGAAGGACUGGAAGAUCUAAGGAGCCGAGGUUUGUGCUUGGUUCCUAUAUCUGACACAUUUUCAGUGGCUAGUGAGACUCCAUUAAUGGAGUUAUGGGCUCCUACCUUCUUGGGGAACUACAUGUGAAGAAGAGAAGCAAGAGGUUAAAAUGGAGGAGACAGCAUGAAGACAUACUUAAUGAAAUGCUAGAAAUAGGAGGAAAUUCCUAAACUCAUAACUUUUGUGACCUUUUUACUAUGGGUUAAUUGCAGAUAAACCUACGUGUAAUAUGGUACUGCAGCCACUUAUGCUCCCAAAACUUUUUUAUAACCAGCGCUCACAUCCUCAGAACCUCAAGAUGACUAAAUUAUUUUUUGCCUACCUUGUACUAUGGCGCAAAAGAUAAUUUUUUAAUCAAGCGAUUCUCAUGUGUCAUUUUAAGCUAAUUUGGGAUAUAACAUUAAUUGUUUGAAAGUCAGAAAGUGUAAGUGCAAAAAAUUAGUUUCAAGAGAUAUAUAAGUAGCCAUAGUCGAGGUAUAGUGCUACAAGGGUUUGUAUAUAAUUAACCGUUUUAGUUUAAUACAGGGAUAGAGUAAGUUUGGACAGCUAGAACAAGGAUGAGGUGAGGCUGGCCAUGGCUUGGAGAAGAGAUGUAAAAGUAUAAUUAAUCAUAUUGUUAUUGUAAAUAAUUCUGUGUUAGGAGAGAAAUUGAUAAAGGUGAAGGAAUAAUUGAAGCAAUAGCAAGCUAGCAUAGCUAAAGA